AUGUUGGGUAUUUUAAUUGGUCAUAUGUUUAUUCAUGAAGACUUUUUAUGUGAAUCAAAUUAUUCGCCAUACACACUAUCGACAAACACUCUAAUAGAAUUUCCAUUGCAAGUAUCAUCUAAUGUUCAAAUUAUUAAUCUAAAUAAACCGAUUGAUGCUAAAUUUAAAUGUAUAAAUACCAAAACACUUCUUAAUUUUAUCAGUACUACUAUAUGUUUACAUGAAACCCAAAAUGACAUAUAUGUCAGCAGUUCAUUCCAUGAUAAAACAUCUAUUUGGGAAGAAGAAGGAGUAACCCGUAUACUUCAACUUCUUAUUCGUCAUCCACAUCUUGAUUUUAUUGAUAUUGGAGCAAAUAUUGGUGUUUAUACAAUGUAUGCUGCUGCUUUAGGUCGAUUUGUAUUAGCUAUUGAUUGUUUUGCUCCUAAUAUUAAUCGUAUUCAUCGUGCUGUUCAAAUAACUAAUGUUGCUAAUCGUGUUGUUCUUAUUCAAAAUGCACUUUUUACUCGUUCUGGACAAUAUUUACAUUUGAAAAUGGAUUCAAACAAUAUUGGUGGUCAAGAAUUAGAUGUUUCUAAAAAUGAGUUUAUUAAUCAGAGUAUAAUAAAUAAUCCAUAUAUCGUUAAAACAAUAACAUUUGAUGAAUUAUUACCAAUAUUAGUUGCACGUGGUGUUCGUGGAGCAAUUAUAAAAAUUGAUAUUGAAGGAAGUGAAAGUUUUGUUAUUGAAAGUGGAAGUCGAGUAUUUGAUACAUUAGAAAUUCCAUUUAUACAAAUGGAAUGGUUUAAAGUGCGUGAUUAUCCUGAUCGUGUUAAAAUUAUAAUAGAUUUUUUUGUGAAACGUAAUUAUGAUCCUAAGACACUUUCAUGUCAAUUGUUAAAUGUAAAUCAACAUAUAACAUGGCCUAAUGAUUUAUGUUGGAUAAAAAGAAACGUUUCUAAUUUUUGUUAA